AUGUUCAGCAAACUCCUCCUCAUCGCCUGCAUCUGCAUUGUCAUUGCUCUGAUCCUCUACUUCUUCUACUGGAAUCGCUUUAUUGCAUUUAUUCUUGCUCAGAUAAUUCGUGUUCUCUACUGGAACCAGGAGGGGUCGAGCAUAUGGGUCGAAAUCGGUUCUAUACAUUUCUCGCUACCCGCUGGACGUAUACUUUUCAAGGACCUAUGCUAUCACUCGAGUAAUCAAACUAUAAAGAUUGUUAAGGGUCAGUUGCAAUGGCGGUAUUGGAUUCGAAGGCCUAUGACCGAGGAGGAGAUUAGUACUGGGAGAGGCCGUCGCUGGCUAUCGUGCCGUAUCCAUAUUUCCUUCCAAGGAUUCGAAUGGUUUAUGUACAACAGGACGGCGUCUUUCGACAAUAUUGUCUCGCAGAUGGAGUCCAAUUUGAAUAGGUCUACCUCGAGGUUUAGUGAAGGUCGGAGGUCGAAGAGCCGACAAGACGGAGGUUCAACGGCAUAUCCACCAGCGAGCUCUGGCAAACGAUCACUUCCUAUUCCAUUGACGAUUCAGAGAGCAUUCAACUGGCUUAAGAACCAGCUUCCGAGUUUGGACCCCAAGGACUUGCUACCAUUGGGUGUGGAAGUGACCACUGGUGCUAUUAUCCUGGGUAAUGCAUCAACCCCCAGUCUGCUCGUGGCAGAGUUUCAGAAUGCGGACGGAACGUUUGGGGUCGUACCUUCACGGUCCAAGUACGAUCUGUAUAAACAGAAUUUGAAUCUCAAGUUCCAACACGCCCUCGUGCGCUAUGUGGAUAACGAGGAUUAUGUCGAAUCCAUGAAUUGCCUUGGAGCUAUCUUGCACGACAGAAUCAAAAGAUACAACGAAAACCGCACCCCACGAUCUUACAUGUCCUACCGCUCCUUCGGCCGUCUUUGGCGGCAGGUUGGCCUCUUCUCCCUCGUCAUCCAGUACUUCCAAGAACGCCGCGAACAACGCGCCUUCCAGCGAAGUCUCGCCAACAGCUUGGCUAGCAACGGCAAGAGCAAGAAGAAAGAAAUUCGCGACGAGACGCCUAUAGGGAUCGACUUCUCCACACACGAGUAUGCCAUAGAGAGGAAGAUUCUGGAGGCGCCGAGUUUGGAGUUGACAUAUUUUGUGGAUGUGGUGGGUGAGGUUCCGCCGUUGCCGCAUGUGGACCCGUUUUCGAGGGGCGAUAUUGUGGAUGUUGGGAAUGGAGGGACUGCACCGGAGUGGGGUUUCCAUUUGGUGGUCAAGAGUGGGUUCAUUAGGUAUGGACCUUGGGCGGAUCGGCAGAGGGCAGAACUGCAACGUGCAUUCUUUCCGCCUUCGUACCAAGACACGCAACCUACGACCAGGCUGAAACCUGGUGAUAAGCGACUAUGGACGGCUCUUCAAGUCUUCAUCGAAUUGCGUGACGAAACCACACUGCACAUACCGUUCAGGGAAUCGUCCAAGGAUUGGCAAUGGGAUGGCAAGAGCACUAUUCCUCGACGGCCCAGGAGGCGCGAACCUGCAUCUAUCAACGUCACCGUUGGAGACUUAUCUUCGAUAAACUAUGUGAUGCCCAUGGCUGUUGGAGAGAAAGGCUAUGAACCGGUCAUUGAAAUUCAUUUGGAUACUAUUGCUGUAUCGUCCAGUUUGAACGACAUCAAACUGAUUUCCGCGGAAUCUUGCAGGAUACGCUGUGAACACCCUUCACCCCUCCCGUGGAACCAAGUUCGUACUUGGACCUAUUCGAUCACGCUACGACAGCCUGUGCUCUUCCUUUUGAGGGACCAUAUCAACAUGUUCACAGAUCUUGGUAAAGAUUGGGCUUCAGGGCCACCUACCGACUGGCAAAAAUUCGUCCCAAUGAUAUACGUUGUCAAGCUCAAGCUACACCACUACGAGAUCAACUUGUACGCGAAUGACCAUAACAUCAUUGACAAGCCACUGAUUCGGGAUGAGAAUGCCCUGCUCACCCUCAGCGGCCUUGACCUCCAAACAAAAGUGACAAUGCCGUCGAACAAAUUCCGUCCCCUGACAUACUGUGUUCCGUUCAUCGUCGAUGCACCCGACGUUUCUUUCAACCUUUCUGUCCCUCGGUGGAGCACACAUGCGUUACACGCACCUCGGGGCGGGUAUAGUAUUCUCAAAGCUGACGCACUGCAUUUGGAGGGGUCAUAUCGGUAUUAUGGAGAGGUGCAUGAAGAGCAUGUGGACCAGCUGAAGCUAGACAUUCAGCUUACGAAUGCGGCAUUGAAAGCGCUCGGUUGGGCGAUCCGGUACAUCAUGGUUAUCAAAGACAACUACUUCGGUUCUUUCACACACUUCUCGACAUUGAAUGAGUACCUUGGCAAGAGAGACUCCCAAGACCAGCCAGUCGGGGAUCCGAUCAAGUUGAAGUAUCGAGAAGGAAAGCACAAUAUGCUUCAAGUGGAAUUGUCUCUGGAUGUGGAUCGUGGGACGGCUGUGCUACCUUCUGGACUUCUCGGUUACAGGACCUCCUCGUUCAACAUGCUUACCGACUCUAGUACGGCCACCGAGCCGUCGGGCUCUGCUUUGAUGUUGGCCUUCCCUCGCCUUCAGGUCUACCUUCGAUUACAUGACUAUUUCAUGGAGAUGACUUUGAACGUCGACACUGUCCGAGGCCUCAUGGAUACUAGCGUUCCAGAGAAGAUGGACUACAAAACCCUGCAAAAGAAGGGCAAAGAAGUUCUGUUCAUCGACGGAAUCGACGUCGUUGCCAACCGACUGUUUGGACCCCAACCCAACACCUCGACGUACUUGUGUAUCUGGGAGAUUAGUCUGGGCAGUGUGAAGGGCCAGUUGACUGCGUUUGAGGCUAAGGCAAUCGCUGCGGCAGGGAAUGCGUUUAAGGUACAUUUCGUGGACGCCGUCAAUGCACCUGCGGAUAAAUUCAUGCCGCCACUUGAUCCUGAUAUCACAUUUUACAAGAUCGGCGUGGCCUCUGCUGAGUUGGUGUGGAAGACCCCUACCGCAGCGCUGGUUGUCUCCCUGGAAGAGGGAAUCAAGUUUGCGAGUAACGACCUCGCUUCCAACCAUUACCGCAAAGUCAUUAGCCUUCAGAUUCCCAGGAUCAAUGUGAAGGUUCUUGUAACUUCAGUCUCAUCAAGAGGGACUUCCUGGCUGGAAGCUGGAGAGGUUGUUGCGGACGCGUAUCUUGACAUAUACGAUGUCCCGAAGGACUAUCGAGCUCAAAACAAAGCUCAAACGGAUUAUGUAGAAGAACAAGAUCAACUAACCGGUAGAGUCAAACGGAUGUUAGCAGACCUUCGGAGGAGGGACAGGUACACCACAGACCCAGCAACCUCAGACGAUACAUCCAAUCACGCCGGAUCCAUGUUCCUACCCCAACCUCUUCUCCCCACUUCGCGUCGUCCCCAACCGAAACCCCGAGCCGUCAACCUCAAUCGCCACAGUUCGUCUCAUUCGCGCCGACGCCAGCCGUCUUGGCGUCCUUCCACUUUGGGACAUUUCUCCGAUUCGGAUGGAGAUGACGCGCUCUCGGAAGCGGAUCGAGACGCGCACGUGGCGAAAGCAAGGUUCUCUGUGACGAGGCUUCCUUUGCAAGAACGUGAAGAUGAUUCGAUGUCAAGUGGUGAUGAGUCGGACGAUGCAGACCUGACUGAUGGCGAUUCGUUGAACAGCGAUUGGUCGGAUAUCGCUGAUUCUCCGAAUGCGACUCCUGAUAGUUCGAUGCUGUCCUUCUUCUCACCUCUCACGCGACAUUAUUAUGUGAACCCCGCAGGCUCUCCGGGGCGCUGGGGAGGGUCAGCUUUCACUCUUGCAAGGGACAAGUCUCCCCUCAAGGUUCGACGCCCAUCGCUCGACACUGAUCCAAGACCGUUUACUCCGUUACCAAUUGGCCUCUCUGACCAAGACGGGCAAUGCGGCACAACCAUCGUGCGCAUCCGGACACGCAAGCCAUCGGAGAUCAAGUUGACGCCACUGUUAAUCGUGGCAAGCGUCCCGUUCGAAGAGGAUAUUUCAAAUAUUCCCUUAGACCCGGAGAUGUCAGUGGACAGUAUGAUGUCCGCCUACCUGGACAGGCUCCUCAAGGAUGAGAAGUGUCCGAGCUUCCUACUCCUUGAUAUUGGCCUUUCUUCCACCGGAUUAGUUCUCUUCCAUCACACCUCGCCUAGUAUCACCACUCCCCCGGAUGGCCAACUGCCGUCGCCUUGUGUUCCAUCAAAGCUCGACACCACGUCCAUUCUGGAUAUAGGAAUGACCUCUGCCCACUUAACCAUUGGGAAGUUAGACAAGGAGCUCGCUCUUCGAGGGGCCAUUGGGAAGGCGUUUUGUAAUGUCGACACCUCCCUUGACAAACGCACGCUGUCCUCUACGAAAUCCGAACAAGCCGCCUUCAAUCUAUCCAUUUCCGACUUAUCCGUUGAAUUAUCCCGCCAAAGCCUACAUUGCUACGUUAGGGACAUUUACGGGAAGAUCGGACAUAGAGGACCGGCAAUCAUGGUUUCUAUGGCCUUGUCGGUUCUUCAGUCCGUGAAAACAGCCACCGCGCGAAUGCCUCAACUCAAGGACGAUAGACAAACGGACCUUCGAGACUGUAUCUACAACAUCCUCACUGCAUCCCAGAACAGGCCCAUCGUCGACACUCUCUCCAUUAUUCAACCGUCCUUCCUGGUACAAGAUGGGAUCCCUUGGCGACUACGAAGCGAUCCGGGAUUUCGAUUCCUUUACCACCUCCGCAACUGUAUUGACACACCCGUACCCGGUCCAAGCUCGGUCAGCGUUGAUGAUCUCACGGCGCUCCUCGACGAUCGGCUCUUCGCGUUGGAACAAGAUAACAUCAAACUCGCCGAUCUUCCCGAUUUGCUCACGGUUUUCAAGGGGGCUGGUGUAAAACCCGAAUCGCCGCCAGGGCCCAAGAUGAGAAAGAACAACCAAAUCUCUUCCAUCAGCCUUGAAUUGAAUCAAGCUGUCUUCACUGUCUUCGAUAUUUCUGGGUCGACCGCGACAGAGCUCAAGCUCACAGAGUCCAAGUUCAUGGCUCGGAAGGAGAAGGUGGACCUGGUGCACUUCUCGACUGCACUCCCAACAAGCAUGUCCCAGACGUCUCUUCGCGAGAAGCCGCGUCCGCUGAGACGGUUCGCUGUGUCUGCGGCACUUGGAGACACCAACGUUGCAGUAUUCCCCCAGCUCAUGUCAUUCAUUCAAGAGGCCCUGCGCGUCCGACGACAGACGCGGUCCCCAAGUAAACAAUUGCGGGCCCCAACCCAACCCAACCCAUCCAUCAAAGUUUCAAAAUUGGUGAAUAUCAAUGUGCUCGUCUCUUUGAGACGGUUGCGAAUUAGGGCCGCAGCUGCGAACCUCGUAUUCGAACUCGGUUUGGUAGGAUUCCAAGGGUCCUCUGCCAUGCUUUCUGCCACAACGACAACCGAAUUUUCGAAUAACCACGUCGCCAACUUCGAAGAGAUCUACCUUCAAGCACGGUCUCCAUCGAGCCCGGAGAAAGAGUCGCAGCAUGACAUACUGGCAGCUGUUGCCCUUCAAGGCGGAAAGGCCAACUAUCUCUCGAAGGCCGGUCACUCGGUGCCCUUGCUAUCACACCGCGUUGUAUUUUCCUUGGAGCAAUUCCGGAUCGAUGUUCCUCGAAGCGCAAUGCGACUGUAUCGCUUCGCGGAAGAAUGGAGAGCUGACUAUCUACCAGGAAUUGAAUCCACGGUCAAGGCCAUGCUGUCUGAAAUUGACACCAAGUCCGCAGCCGCAUCGGCUCCACCGACGCGCAGUCCUACCGCCCACGACGUCGAGCUGCAUGUUAACGCCUCCGUCAAUCGCGUAAGGGUUACACUGCAGGUCAUGCACGGUACCUGGUUGACCUGGGAGGUGGAGAAGAUCAUCGGCUACCUGAAAUCCCCCGUCAAGAGCAGCGGUACCUCCCCCACUUACACAUUCGGCGUACAACUCGGAUCCAUGAUCCUGAAUAUCUCAUCUUCGAAACUUCAUGAAGCUGCUUCUGGUUCGAGGGUACGACUGCAACUUCCCCCAAUGUCAGUGGCAGGGGAUUAUGAUGGGAGCUGUGUCCGUACCCUCGCCUUGGUAGAGUUUAUCGAGCUCAAAGUCAAGCCGUCGCACUGGGACACCCUCUUGGCCGUCCAACAGAAAUUUGGUCAGGACUUUAACGACUUCCUUAACUUGGUGCAAGAGACCCGACAGAACCGUCCCGCUCCAGAACCCAAGCCCAACCCCGGCCCGUCAAUCAACUACGGCGUCUUUGUCAAGAUGAAGGGUUUCCGUGUCGGUUUGGAAGGGUUGUCGUCCACGCUCUAUCUGGAAUGUGUCGAUAUUCGAGGGGGAUUGAACAAUGCUAAUGGUGUAUCUUGGGACAUCGGGCUCACCGGCCUCGCCCUUUCACUUGCGCCAAGGGCCUUGGGAGGGCUGCCAUACAAUCGCCAACAACGCUCUGCAUUCGUUUCCAUCGACUUCAAGGUCACCGGCGGCGAUAACAACAGAGGCAUCUCGCUUGUCAAGACCCUCGACCUCUCCGUCACCAAGAUUCACGCCGUAAUGCAAGCAAGCUCCAUAGGUGAAGUCGGGGACUUUAUCGACCAUCUCCAGGCUGAAAUGCUCGAUCGUCAAGAGCAACGUGCGAUUGAGCUCGCAGAGUUCAAAGAGAAAACGCAGAGCAUCUUGAAAACCUUCGACGUCAAAGUCCGGGAUGUUCCACGAGAGGAGGCCAGGUCCUGGUUAGGCGACUAUAUCAUCAAUGUCUCUAUCCAGAAUAUCGGAGUUGCCUUCCCUCUUGCACAUGAUCAUCAGCUGGACGUUGGCAGAUCCGCGGAUGCUGUAGCUGUCAGAGCGUUCCUGUUCUCAAUCCGUUCCAUCACCUUCAGAACAGACCGAGGGGAAACAGGGGAGGCAUUGAUGGAGAAGCUAUGCUUCCAAUUUGUUCCAAAGUUCCGACAGUCCUCUCCUGAAGACUUCGCAGCUGAUCGACAUCACGCGCGUAAUUGUCUCGUGUACCCUGAGAUGCGGGCUCAGCUUCGAUCCUCUACUGUUGCAUCAUCACGCAAGGUUUGGAUCGAUGCAAACGUGGACGGCUUUCUGCUGGACCUUGAUUCCAGUGUUCCUGACUAUGUGUUUUCCCUUGUCGACGUUUACCGCAAGGGGAAGGAACGCGUAGAGCGGUUGUCGGCGACCAUCCCCAGGACUCCGUCCGCCAUGACACCUUCGGUGGAACUCCCCAAGCCAUAUGAUAGACAUUACACCGAGAUACCAACCUCGAACGUGUUCGCUUCUCUACGCUUUUCGAGUGGAAAGGUCAGGGCGUACAGUGUCGCCGCUGUCAAGCAAUUCCGGAGCCGUUCCUUGUCACUAUCCACCGCCUCUCAAGACCUGACCGACGAACAGGUCCUCGACAUGGGUGCUGAAGUGUUCAACUUACCUACAGUAUCUGUCUGGGCGGAAUACCGCGCGACACCAGCAGCACGGAAACUGACAGAGAAGGACGGAGAACGUCCCACGCCAUCCCUGCUGAUGUUCAAGAGCACUGUCCAUUCCUCUCGAAAUGUCCUGCGACCUCAACUACUUCCAUUCCUGACGGAAGUUCUCAACCGUGUCGAAACUCGCAUGCGCAAGAUCAGCUCCCUCCCGCCUCAUAUUCCAGGCACGGAAACACCGGUCUCUAUGGAUUACCCGCAACCAAAGCUCCCAUCCAGCAACACGGAAGCCGUUUCGAGUAUGCAACUCAGCUUCAGUCUUCGUAUCGACAAAUCCAGGCUCGAGUUGACUUGUCAGCCAGACGUCAAUGUUGUGGCGGCAGUCAACUGGGAAAGUGGUGGGUUCACGCUCAAUGUAUCCCCCGGUGCUAGACGAGUGUCUUUCACCGGUGCAGUUGGUGGACUUGCCAUUGGCCUACGACAUGGAUUUUUAAGCGAAGACUGUGUCAAUCUCGAUGCGAGAAACCUGACGUUCUCGAUCGCCUUCAGCAAGAUGGACACCCUCGAUGGGCGGACGGCGGGUACUGUUUCGGCCAUCCUCGACACUGAGUUCCUUGGUGGCGUUCGCUUCUCUCGAUUGCAGGACAUCCUCUGCUUCAAAGCCGUCUGGCUAGAUCGCAUCCCUAUCUGGAACAGCUACGCACCUCCAGAGGCAAAGAACAUUCCGAAAACCAUUGUCAUUCCUGCAUCCCCAGUAGAACCGACAAGAGAUCAGAGUCUUUCGACUGUGAUUUUAAUUCGCAUUCGCCAAAUCAAGGUCUCCGUAGACUUGGGCCAAUCCAUCUGCUUCACCGUCCUUGACCUGAAGAAUGCCGUCCUGCGGACCAAGAUAACAGACAUGAUGCAGGAACUCUCUAUCUUCGUCGAAGAUGUUUCGGUGACUGCGAAGGGAAACCUUUCGGGUCGAAUCCACGUCCCAGAUUGCUUGUUCCAGACCAUUCGGCGCUCGGAACAGUUCAUCUCCCAAGACGAGGCGGAAAGCCGGAUGUUAGAACUCAUGAUGACGAGCGGGCCCCUAGUGGCAAUGCUGGAAUCGGAUCAUCAAAGGCUGUUGCACUACAGAGCCGAGCCGCUCGAGGUUCAGAUAUUCGACGACUGGUCUUUAGCCUCGGGUCGGUUUGAAGAAGAUCGUUCGCUCCAACUUUCCUUCGUGGUCCGGUGCCCAGAAAUCGCCGUGGUGGCGACUAUUGGUACCAUACCGAAGAUGAUGUCGUAUGCGAACAGGUUCAAGAGCAAUUUGGAGGCACAGCGACAAGGAGCAAGCCGCGAGUCGAAGACCUUUAGGGCCACUCGUGCCCCCAAGCCGGAUAACCCUCUGUCGGCUGUUGCCGAAGCGAUGCUGCAUUCCGCUCGAACUCGGUUCAAGGAGGUGGAGUCUGGUCUGGCGUAUGUCGUUCGUCAAAAGAUGAGCGCGAGGUUGGAUUUGCUUCGGUUGAUCGUCUUCCCUCGAUCAAUGAACGAUGUCGAGAUAGCCCAGUUUGUUGGACGCCGAGUCAUUGCACAGUUUGAUCGCCUCGUAGCCUCCGACACUAUGCCCGCCAAACGCGACCUCCGACUCUCGUUCUAUUCCAUGACGAUAUCGAAGCACACGCAAAAUCAAGCAAUGGUGAUCACACCAUCGCAGCUCGAAGCGCUGGAUGGUCGGGAGUGGCUCGAAGAGAUGUUCAAAGGAGCAGCUGAAGCAACUAUCGUUGGUCUACCCGCCAUGAACAUGCACAUGGUCAGCGAGGAAGUACUGCAAGAGGCAUCGCGCCAGCUGGUGUACGACUUUAGGAGCCGCUUCAUCCGCACCGAAGGCAUGAAAGCCUACGAGGAUAUCUUCAUCACUCUGAACAUGUCCUUGUACACUUGGUUGACUGUCCUGCGCAAGAGCCUAACUCGAGAAAUGGAUCAAGUCCGUGCAACAGAGGACUGGCGAUCCGCUUUCAAUCCAGGCAGCAGCCCCAACCCCCCUGUCGGCAAUAAUGGCAAUGUCCGGAAGAAGGUCCCAGAGCCACUCGAACUCACGCACGACUUCCUCUCGCCAGCACCAGAAAACACCGCCGUCACCAAUCCCCCUCCAAUGUCCAUCUCUGCUCCAUCUACCGCUAAGCUUGCAGCCGACCAACCUAGCCGCUCAUCAUCCAUCAAGGCACCAAGGUCUGCAACUAUUGGAAGGGAUAGAUCCUCAAGCGUCAAUUUCCCUUCCUCCAGCGGCAAAGACACCGAAGCUAGGGACGUUUCUCCCGCCCCAGCAAAGAGGAACUCGAUCACCUACGAACCUCGCGAACGCCACAUCGAGAGGCUCACGAUGCGCCAACUCGGCGAAGCCACGCCUGACGUGAUGCAUCCCUUCUUCAUGAAAAAGGCCGGUUUCAACCUCGAAGACUCCUUGCCCCAAUACGUCCACGAAUACGCUGCCAUUCCAUUGGAAGAGAUCAUGGAGGUUUUGCUCAAGAUCUAUAGCCAACAACUGCUCAAGAACCAGAUGAACGAGACGAUCAGUCUUCCCGCUGAUUCACCUAUACCCGACUUGUAA